AUGAACAUUUUAUUUAUUUUGAAAACAUUGAUAUCGUACAACUAUAAAUUAAAUUAGUGUCUAGUGGCCAGUCGGUAGUUAUAGGUCGUUGGAUUAUCAUCAUAUAGAUAGGAAAUAAAAACAAAAUAAAAUAACAAUAUUAUUUCAUUAUAUUUUUAUAACGAUUGUUCAUUUAUAGUGAACAAUUACAUUAAAAAAAUAAUCAAUCCACAACACAGUGUGGUUCUAUAAACUAUGUAUUAAUACUUAUACUUCAUUUUUCAAUAUUUAAUAAUAUAUUAUUACACAGUGAUUAUCAUGCCAAAAUCGUGUUUUGGGUGUUGUUCUAUUCGUCAUGGCGUUAGUUGUAUUUACAUUUUUAACAUAUUUAUGACCACAUCCAUAAUAAUGAACGAUUUCUUAUACCGCUUAUCAAACUAUUAUCAAUAUUAUCAGCAUGCCAGCUCUGAAAAUUCUACAUCACUAACAUUCAGUACUGAUAAUUAUUUUGAUGAACAUAUUAAUUUAACACUGCAUAACAGUUCUACGGUCGAAGACUCUUUUCCUAAAAUAAAAUGGACGCCUCUCCUGAGUGACAUUUUUAUGGACUACAUAUUUAUCAUAAAAUUGGCGUGGGGUGUGAUGGAAUUCUAUUUAAACAUUAGCCUGAAACAAUCAACAUACACUGUUUCUCCAGAAAAGAUUUAUGCUUGGUUGGUGAUUUAUUAUUCUAACUUAUGCUCAGGAAUAAUUUUUCUAAUCGUUAUCAACUUCAACCUGUUGUAUAUUGGAGAAUUCGAAAGUUUUAUGUGUCUUCUCCAAAUAAUAAUUAUUGUGGUCGAAAUCUACAUCGUGCAAUCGUAUUACAAACAACAGAAGUUGGCUGCCGUCAGUGAUUUCGUUUACUUAAAAUGGAAGUAUAUACCAAAGUCGAAGACUCAAUCAGAUGAAAAUAAAUUGACGGUGAAAAUAAUACCAGAAAAUUCACUUGAUCAAACAGAUGACCAAUCCGGUUACAUCCCGAUAUUUGUGAGAGACUUGCGCCGUGAAAAUUCUUAAAAUUUUAUAAUCAAAAUAUAUAGGACGGCAUUUCGUUACAGUCGUCUGACGGUUCGCGAUGUAGUGCAUACUAGGUAUAUAGUCUUGUGCGCAUGCUCUACACGUCAUACAGAGGUAGUAUUAUUUAAGCAUUGGGAUCGCAUAAAGAAAAUUGUAUGUCCCUACAUAAUAAUAUUAUAACUAGAUAUAUACUUUCACUGUACAAUAUUUGCUUUUAAAUUAUAUUAUAAUAAAAUCAGUAA